UUACAAAGAUGUCUCUCUUGGAUCAGACAAGACUAGACCAACAAACUUACGCUACUACAGUCACGUGGUAAAAAGAGCAAGUUUAUAAAAAGCCAACAGGCUGGUGCCCGUCCCCUUUCAGAAGCAAUAUUUAAAACCGCUUUAUUAAUUAACGCCGAGCAAAAGAAGCAAGACAUUAUUUUAUUGACUAGAAAUAAAUGCUGAUCUGAUGAGGAGUAUCAAGAUGUAACAAGGAUGAUAAUAAUGACAAAACCAACAACAAUAACAACGAGAAGAACAAACACAACAACAGCUGAACUUAAUGUUGCUUGACUAAGAGGAAAGUAAACAGCAAAAAGCAGCAACAAGGAGUUUACAAAUUAAACAUCGGAAUAACCAUUUGAGGGCAUUAUCAACAACAUAGACAACCCCGUUACCAUUAUUUUUAUUGAACAAUGGAUCGUAAGAGAAUAAAGAUGAAUGGAAGGUUGACCGCUACUAAAGUGGAACCUAAUUAUAGCGCCUGGAGUGGAAAUUCGUCUUUUUACCAAGGAGAUGAUAUGGAUGAGACUUCUAAUAAUCACCGGUUUGGAUCUGAUGGAAAUAUUAACAAGAAAGAUUAUCUUUAUAAUAGAUACUUUAAUGGUAGAAUCAAUUGUUUUUGGUUGUUGACAGUUCUUAUCUGUGUUUUCUCAAACUUCGUGUGUCGAGUACACUGUGUUUCGUUAACAACUGCUGAGACUACUUAUAGUAAAGCUACCAGCAGAGAUAUAACGAUGGUAACAUCGCAUUCACACCCGAAUCAAACGUCUGAUUCAUAUGCGCAGUCUACUAAACCAGCAACCCUGGUAACAACAUCCGACAAGGGGCCAGUGUCCAAACGUCGACCUCAGUCAACGCAAUACGAACCUGAUAAAGUACGCCCUAAAGAUCGUCUCAACAAAUUUCAUCAACGACAACAACAGCGAAAACAGAAAGAGUUAAAGACCAGGUUGACAACAGAAACAUAUACAACACAGACAACUGAAUCGACAGAAGUCCAGACUACUCAAACAACACAAAAAGCUCAGUCAACUGAAGGAACCAAAAUGAUUAAAAAACCUCAAACAAAUUCUAAAACCCGAAAACCUCAAACAACUCCUAAACCUGAAAAACCUCAAACAACUGAAAAAUCGCAAACCGUUGAAACACAAACAGUAGAAAAGACAACACAGACGAUAGUGGAAAAGAAGGGAACUCAAACAAGCGAAAAACCCCAAACGACUGAAGGGACACGGACAACUCUGAAAGAGAAAAUAACAGAAAAACUGAACACAGUUCCCCGGACAUCGCAGAAACCCCAGACAACCCUUAAAACAACUGAAAAAACUCGGACAACAGAUAGCAAGAAAGAAUUACCGGAAAUAACAAAAAAACAGACUGUAAAAGUAACCCCGACGACAGAAACAACUGAAAGUGUCACAACACCGACUAAAACCGACAAACAAAUACCAACAACUUCGGCUACAAACGCAGACGAUGAUCAGUGUCCAGAAAACUCAAUGGCUUACUACAAUAUAACGUUUGUACCGCUUUGGUCAAGUAGAAGGUUCCCAAAGAUGUAUCCUAUGUACCGACCGCAUGCACAAUGGUCAAAAACAAUCGGACGCACACACGACCACAACUACACAAUGUGGAAGAUUGGAUCUUACGCAAGUGUCAAAGUGAAGAGCUUCGCCGAAACAGGAGUGUCCACAGAUUUUGACAGUGAAGUACAAGGUCAAAAAGGAGUCCUCGAUGCAUUUAAUCUGCCAGCCAUAGGAAAAGGCUUUGGUCAAUCUCAAGGAAGCAUGUUCGUAGAUUCUGUUCAUCCUCUGGUUUCUUUUAUAGUAAAGAUAAUUCCGAGCCCUGACUGGUUCGUUGGAGUGAGUUCUUUAAACCUCUGCUCUAAGAAGAAAUGGAAGAAAAAGGUGAUCAUGAAAUUGUUUCCGGUCGAUGCUGGUACCGACAUCGGAUUGACAUUUACGUCGCCCAAUUGGCCUGCUUAUCCUCCAGAAAAAAUCAAUAGGAUCACAUCUUCAUUUCCUGAUCACGAAGCCAGUUCGUUCCACUAUAAAAGUCUCAAAAAGUUGCCUCGUAUAGCUUACGCAACUUUCUAUAAAGUCGAGGAAUACAGAAGUAUUUUUAAGCGGAUGAAGCCUUAUAAAUCACGACUUCCAAGUCUUAUGGAUCGGUUACCUCCUCUUGUUAACAAACCAUCAGUUGCAAAUCACCCUUAUAAGCCAUCAACGAAUGCACAGACUGGUGGACAACCAGCCAAGUCUUAUACCGAAACGGUAUCAUCACCGCUUGAUGAUGACAAUGAGGAGAAUUUCGGCAACAUUACAAAUCUACUUGCAGUUGCUGAAAACGAACCAGCGAUACCUCUCGACUGUCAAGUGAGCAACUGGGGCGAAUGGGGUCCUUGCUCAAAAACCUGUGGAUUUGGACGACGAGAACGGUUCCGAUUUGUCACUCAAGAACGAAAGAAUAACGGCUACUUAUGCCCUCAACUGAAAGAGGAAGCGCUCUGUGGUAGUAUGAGAAACUGCCAAUGGAAAUAUUUCAAACCAUUUCUCAGUAUUGCACAGAAACGUACGGCCCGAACGCCCGGCACCGCGAACGUUAAGAAAGUUUCGGAGCAAAAGAAACAUUAGAGAGAAAGAGAGAGAGAAGAAACGCUGUGAAUUAUUAACAUUACUUUUAUUGUCAUCAUUAUUAUCACCAUCAUUGUUGGAUUGGUGGAAUUAGUAGAGCUUUGUUGUAUUUAGUCACGCCUUUUUUUUUACGUUUUGAGUUCAGUAUUCCACCGAGGUCGACUUUGCCUUUCGUCCUUCUGGGGGUUCGAUAAAAUAAAUUACCAGUCAAGUACUAGGAUAGAUUCCCCCCCCCCCAAACAAAUAUAGGAGGUCUCGUUCGUAUACAAGAAAGCAUGGAUCUGCUUACUGUUGUUUUUCUUUCCGUAACGUGAAGCGGUCGAACAAAUGAUUUGCAGUGUUUAGUUACCUCUCUUUAUGUUCUGAGAAUACUGCUGAGGUAGUCUUAGCCAUUAACCCUUCCGGAAUCGUUAAAACAAAUACCAGACAAGCAGUGAGGUCGAUCUAUUGUAGAAUCGAUUGAGUAUCGAAAAAGAAUUCCUCUGGUGUUUAUUCUCGGCCCUUUAGCUUCUAAGUUCAAAUUCUGUCUGAGAUCAACGUCCUAAUCAAGUAUUGGGGUCGAUUUAAUAUUCUGAUGAAACCUUCUAAGCGUAACUAAAGAAGGCGUUUCCCUUUUCUAGAAUAGAGCGUUUUCUUUUUCUAGAAGAGGGAG